AUGAGGCUCAACCCCCUCAAAUGUGCCUUCGCCAUGGAAGCUGAAAAGUUCCUAGGAUUCAUGAUAACCCAAAGAGGGGUAGAAGCUAACCCGGAGAAAUGCCAAGCGAUUCUCCAGAUGAAGAGCCCGGGUUGUAUCAAGGACGUCCAGAGAUUGGCAGGGCGACUGACCUCGUUAUCCCGUUUUCUCGGAGCUUUGGCAACAAAGGCCCUGCCCUUCUUUAACCUCAUGAAGAAAGGGAUAGCAUUCGAAUGGACGCCCGCAUGCGAGGAAGCCUUUAGACACUUCAAGGAAAUCCUGGCGGCACCCCCUAUGCUCGGAAAGCCAAAGGACGGGGAGCCAUUAUAUCUAUACCUCGCCAUAACAGGAGAAGCCCUGGCCGCGGUUCUAGUGCGAGAAGAAGGAAGGGCUCAACAACCAGUCUAUUUCAUGAGCAGAGCCCUACAAGGGGCAGAACUAAGGUACAGCAAACUGGAAAAGCUAGCUCUGGCACUCUUGACCUCUUCACGGAGGUUAAAGCAAUACUUCCAAGGUCACCAGGUUGUCGUAAGAACGGACCAGGGAAUCCGACAAGUACUUCAAAAACCCGAUUUGGCGGGAAGAAUGAUGACUUGGUCCAUUGAACUUUUCCAACACGGCAUACGAUACGAACCCCGGCAAGCAAUCAAGACGCAAGCAAUGGCAGAUUUUCUAGCAGAAGUAACGGGAGAUCCAACCGAAGAAACGAGCACACGGUGGAAGCUCCACGUGGACGGAGCCUCAAACCAGACGUCCGGGGGCACCGGGAUCAUUCUGGAAAGCCCAGCUGGGGUCGUAUACGAGCAGUUGAUCAGGUUUGAAUUUCCCGUCUCAAACAACCAAGCAGAAUACGAAGCCCUCAUAGGGGGCUUAGCCCUAGCUACGGAAGUCGGAGCAAUGAGGUUGGAAAUAUGCAGCGAUUCACAAGUCGUCACCUCCCAAGUGAACGGGAGCUAUCAAGCCAGAGACUCAUUAUUACAAAAAUACUUGGAAAAGGUCAAGGAUUUGAGCCAAACGUUUGAAGAGGUCACGAUCCACCACGUGCCCAGAGAAAGGAACACACGGGCAGAUCUCCUAUCAAAACUGGCCAGCACCAAGCCGGGAGAGGGCAACCGAUCUCUCAUCCAAGGUAUGAUGAGGGAGCCGGCGGUCACUCUGCACCUAUCAAGGCUAGGCCCCUCAUGGAUGGACCCUAUCACCAGCUUCUUAGAAAACGGCAAACUUCCCGACGACGAAAAGGAUGCCACGAAACUGAGAAGGGAAGCGGCCAAGUACGCGAUCAUCCAGGGACGGCUAUUCAAGAAAGGACUCAACCAGCCCCUACUGAAAUGCCUACACCCCGACCAGACGAACUACGUCCUUAGGGAAGUCCAUGAGGGUUGCUGCGGACAUCACAUAGGGGGCAAAGCCUUAGCUAGAAAGUUAAUCCGAGCUGGUUACUAUUGGCCAUCAAUGAUGGCAGACUCCAGAGAAUUCGUCAGAAAAUGCGCCAAGUGUCAAAAAAAUGCCAAUUUCCACAGGGCACCGGCCUCCGAGCUAAGCCUGCUAACGUCCUCCCGACCAUUCUUACAAUGGGGAGUCGAUUUCUUGGGGCCCUUCCCAGUUGGUCCUGGACAAGUCAAGAAAUUCAUGUGGAGGCAGGUGAUAACGCGGUUCGGGAUCCCGGAGAUCGUUAUCUCGGACAACGGCACACAAUUUACCGACAAGAAGUUCACGGAGUUCCUCACCGACCUGGGACUCAAGAAGCGACUGGAUAAUAAAAAAGGUACUUGGGCCGACGAGCUUGCCUCGGUCCUCUGGUCUUACCGAACAACCGAACAGUCCUCCACCAAAGAGACCCCUUUCCGACUGAUAUAUGGGUUAGAUGCGAUAAUACCUGUGGAAAUCGGGGAACCGAGCCCGCGGCUACUUUUGAAAGGAGUGGGUGCAGCCGUGGAGAAGGACCUGAAAGAUGAAGCCAGAGAAAUGACCCACUUGACGGAAACAGCGCUGGAGCAAAGAAUGGUCCUACGCUACAACACCAAAGUGCUCAAAAGAGAGUUUGAACCGAACGAUCUCGUCCUAAGGCGUAACGACAUCGGCUUACCGACCCCUGGAGUAGGCAAGCUGGCGGCAAACUGGGAAGGUCCCUAUAGAAUCAAAGAAGUGAUGGGUAAAGGAGCUUUCAAGUUAGAAAGGCUCGAUGGCAAAGAAGUCCCAAGAACGUGGAAUGCGAACAACUUGAGAAGAUUCUACUCCUAG